ACAAAACACUUUAUCACAAUGUUUUAGGGAAAAAAGCAGUGUUUCUGUUCAAAAUGGGGACGCUGGUCAGUUUGUGUGCUCUUCUCUCACUCUUCUUGUGUGUCUGCGCAGAUGUGGUAGAGCACUUUGAGGAUGCACCUGGAUGCCUAGAGUUCUUCUACAAAGAGAAAGUGCCAGCAUGGGGAGCUUCUACACCCAAUGCCGCCCGACUCUGCCAGCGCUUUGUCAACAGGUACCACUUUGCCACUCUGUACGACACCAAGCACCGCAUUGCCGUUUACUCUGCCUAUUAUUUCCAACCAAGUAACGGAGGAGGCAGAGAGAAGAGGUGGUUUGUGGAGCCUCAGCUGGUGAACAGUAGUUGGCAGGCUGAGAUGAAGGAUGGGUACUGGCUGGGAAAGGACAACCCUGGGGUGUACCUGGGAGAGAAGCAGGCUCUGAACGAGGACUACACCCACUCUGGGUUUGACAGAGGGCACCUUAACCCCAACGGGCACCACCCAGUGCCGAGCCGUAACGCCACUUUCACUCUGACCAAUGUCAUCCCCCAAAACCCCAAACUGAACCAGAACUCCUGGAGGAUCUACGAGUCCCAGCUGACUGAACUGUUCAAGGACACGUGCUCCAAGGCCUACGUCCUGGUCGGGGCCAUCCCAUCCGCAGAUAACUGGAUCAUCAAAAACAACGUGAAGCGCGUGAACAUCCCUGACCGCAUCUGGAACGCGUGGUGCUGCGUGGACAACUACGGACAGCCAGUACAGAGCGGUGCGGGGGCGGCCAGAAACACGGAGGAGAACUUGGUCGAAAAGAUGUCACUGGAUGAAAUGGGAGGGUACCUGCAGGAGUUUUCAAACGAGCCAGUGGGGGAGCUGUUCUACAACAACUGCAGGCCAUAG